AUGAUAUUGAUGAUUACCAUCAUUCACUGGAACCACUCCGUUGAAGUAGCUCUUGAUGAAGAUGAUCAUGUGUUGAAGAAUCAAGCAACCACACGUGAUGGGGUGGAGGAGGACCGAGCUGAUGGGCCCAAAGCAGAAGCAAAAACGAAAUUUGAAAUGGGCACCGCCCGGGGAAACCAUCCCUUGGUUGCUGGGAUGCGGGUAACAUUCGAUGUGGGACCUGCCCCCUCCUCCCCUUUCGUUGACAAUCACACACUAGAUUGA